AGGGGAUUGCUCGAAAAGGAGACGAAGAAGAAGAAGAAGGAGAGGGAGAGAGAGAAUGUGGGAAUCGAUAUGCUUGACGCUGAUGGCGACGGCGGGGAACAACAUCGGCAAGGUUCUACAGAAGAAGGGUACCGUGAUCCUCCCUCGCCUCUCCUUCAAGCUCAAGGUGAUCAGAGCGUAUGUUUUGAACAAAUUGUGGAUUAUAGGCUUUCUUAUGGAUAUAUGUGGCGCUGUCUUGAUGCUGAGGGCAUUGUCUCAAGCUCCAGUUUCAGUAAUACAACCAGUUUCUGGUUGUGGACUUGCUAUACUUUGUGUCUUCUCUCAUUUCUAUCUCAAAGAAGUGAUGAAUGCUCUUGAUUGGGUGGGGAUUGCAUUGGCUGGGGCUGGAACAAUAGGAGUUGGUAUUGGAGGGGAUAAGCAAAAUGGUUCGACAGUCUCUCUUUUCCACUUACCUUUGCUGGGCAUCUCAGUUGCCUUGUUGUUUGCUCUUCUGAACACAUGGCUUCGCAUCUACAAGAGUCGAAGGCAGGAGCAGGAGCUGAUGCAUUCUGAAGUAAUUGAGGAAAUUAUAUAUGGCUUGGAAUCGGGCAUUUUAUUUGGGAUGGCAUCAGUAAUAUCAAAGAUGGGUUUUAUGUUUUCAGAGGAGGGCUUCUCAAAGAUCAUGGUACCAAUAUGCAUUUCCAUUAGCAUCUGCUGUAGCGCUUCUGGGUUUGUUUAUCAGACCCAAGGCCUGAAACAUGGAAGGGCUAUUGUGGUAUCCACAUGUGCGGCUGUGGCAUCAAUUAUUACUGGUGUUCUGGCUGGUAUGUUUGCUCUGGGUGAACAUAUGCCUUCUUCUCCCGUUGCUCGAGUGGCUCUUUCACUUGGAUGGAUCUUUAUCACUCUCGGGGUUAUUCUUCUGGUGAGUUCAGCUCGAUUGAUGGCCCUGCUACCUAGGCCGUUGCGACGACAUCUGAGAAGAAGCAACCUUGAGAAUCACACUCUAAGGAGAUCUGGUUCCUUACGUAUUAAGGAUCCUAGCCCAAGUGCAGUAAUUCAUGCAUCGACGCUGCAUCAUCUGAUAACAUCUCCAUCAAAAGAGAAAGCCUAGUGAAGUCAUUAAACAAAUAAGAAGUACAUGUUGACCUUUUCUUUUAUUUCUUGGACAACGGUCAGCUUGCUUUUAGACCCUGCGCUAACCUUGUCAUCUUCCCUCCAAUUCCCUAUCGAGGGAAGUGAAGUCUUCUGGGCUUGCUUGUUUACCAGAUCACGUGUCGCCUGCGAACACUCUAAAAACCAGAGUCACGGAAGCUGGAUGCAUUCUCGCGUGAUCCUGUGUCUGAAAAGUGAGUUGGAUGGAUAAGAUGGGAAGAUGUGGAGGGGGUCGGUCCUACUCGAACUGGAAGCGAACUAGCGAGAGAGAGAGAGAGAUGCUAUUCGAUAUAUAUCGUCUUUCUUUGGCACUUUCGAUCGGUUGGGUCGGUUGUUCAAGUGGUGAGGAUCUCCUGCUACUGAUUGCCUUCGCUGGAGCCUCACAUGAGAAGCAAUUUUGGUGUCUACUUGUGUGGGGAGAUUAUCUUGGAGCCACGAUUGCUGAUGGGGGGAUGCAGCAGCAUUCGGAGUGCUGGUACACUGCAGAACGAUCAACAAGCUGACAUGUUCUGUGCUCGAUUGGGCCAAAUCUUAUCAUCUUUCAUGGCAGAGGAGUUGUCUGGACGCCAACAGAGAUCCAGAAAUAAGAAGAAUUGUACAGAUGAAUCAGCCUCUGUGCACGCACCUCAAAGCGGAUGAAGGCAGGCAGCGAUGUGUCGUCGUCGUCGCCACUGAGACGGACUUUUGUACUUGGCAGCCGUGAGCUGUCCUUUGGCUUGUUGCGAUUGGCAGAUCCAUGGCGUCAAGGUUUGCUCCCAUGUUAACUCUCUCUCCUUCAAGCACUAAAUAAAUCUGAUGCAUCACGACGCAAAACUCAAAAAUGAAUUGCUAGUGGUCACUUGGCUACUUAAGCUUAGCUUGCUCAUUGGUUUCAGAAUUGUGUAAUGUUCAUCUCAGGAACAUCAGGACUUCUUCAUCCAUCUGAAAUCUUUGUGUGCAGAUCAUCCUACCUUAAUGUAUGAUCUUUCCUGCAGUAAAGUGGAAGACCUCUGGUAUGGCCACAUCUUCAUUGAUGCUAUUUUAGGUCUGUUUGUUUAUGCUUAUGCAGCCUAUUUAUCAUAGUCAAUAUGCCUCUUGCUUUUCAAGAAUUCUCUAUGAUAUCUUAAUGCAUAAGAAGGACCAAAUGAUGCAUGAUAGAUUUUGUGUCAAGCCUCCAAUCCAUGCUCAUGCACAAAAUGUGCAGAUUGAAAUGGAUUUGAUGCUAUGCCAGACAUGAUGCAAUUAGACAAUAUAGAUAGAUUCACAAUUAUGAGCACCAAUACUUUUAUUGGAAAGUCAAAGUGAGAGCAGUUCUUCAGUGAACAGCUCUUACAGCCAGAGGCUUCUCAGGCACAAACUGUCAAGCAAAGAAUCACAUGAAUCAGUUCUUCAGGGUGAGCUUGGAGCCUUGGAGUAACCUAGAUGGGAAAUCUCCCAGUUCUGUCGCGGAGCAACUUCUUUGUGCAAAGGAGUAUAUAGCUGCAAUCCAAGCGAAUGAACAAGAUCAAAUUUUGCCCAAUCUUAGAGCCAUAAACAAUCAAAUGCUAAAAGAACUCAAAACAAACUGCUGUUCAUUUCUUCUAUUUAGGAUCAUGUUCAUUGUGGCAUGGGCUUUCACAUGUUCUAGGCAGCUUUAUGUAGCUAGAUACAAAAAAUAAGGUUGAGAAAAGAAAUGGACAGUUGACCUCCAUUUUUGUAAGCAAUUCAUCUGCAGUUGAAGCAGAAAGCACUAUAUGUCUACAAGCUGGCUUUAUAAAGCCUUCUUGCACGCCAUUAUCAAAUAGUUCAAGCAAGGAGUUGUAAUAGCCAUCAACAUUUAAUAGGCCAACCUGCACAGACAGACAAAAUCCUCACCAUUACUCUUGUGGAAAAUCAAUAGCAUUCCUUGCAAAAGAUGUACACUCACUGGUUUAUCAUGAAUUCCAAGUUGUGACCAUGUUGUCAUCUCCAUCACCUCCUCCAUUGUUCCAUACCCUCCUACAAUGUCUGGGAACUUUAAGAGCAUGGUAGCACAAGGCAAUAGGAGCAUCAUACAUGCAUAAAGAAACUUGAGCAAAGAUUUUAUUGGUCAUAUACCAUACCGGGAAGUGCGAUAAAUGCAUCAGCUUGUUGAGCCAUUAAAGCUUUUCGCUCAUGCAUGUCUGAAACAAUUUUUACUUGCCCCACAGUCUCUCCAGAUAUCUGGAAACACAGAAAGAGAAAUUGUUGUGCUGCUUAUUCUAAACAGUGAAUAAUCCAUAGAUGAUCAAAGUCUUUAUUUUCCUCAAGAUUUUCACUAUUUUUGUCUACCAAAGAACCAGUCAGGACUUGCAAUGUAGAAACAAGUGGAGCAUAACUUUCUCCCCCAUAUUGCUGCUAUAUUGGAAAUAUCUAACAUGCAUAUUCUCUUCAUGUUUACUUGUUAGAGAUGGAAGGUCAAACCAAUCAAGUACCACCAAAUUGCCCACAGAAUCUUAUAGAUGGACAUUGAAGUUUUUGCCCAUCCAUAGGAAGGCUUAUAGCAGAAUUAUACAUAUGAAGGCUCAUAAACUAAAAAAAAAAAAAAAAAAAACUGCUAGGAAAUUUAAAUUUAGACCUCAGAGAAACUUAUCCAUGGCUGAGAGUCUGAGACCCCUCCUGGCUUCUGAACACUCCAAAUUACAUGCAAAUCCACAUACCAUUAUCGGUUUUACACAUAAUCUUGCCUCUGAUUGCUAUCACAUUAAUCUAUGAAAUUUAUAUACUCUGAAAGACUUGGGUAUAUCCAAUUUAGGAGCUACAAAAACCCACAAGACAUCUGAAACAAACAAGAAAAAUAGAGAGGGGGGAAAAGGCUAUUUGAUAAGACAUACCUCAAGGGGCAUGAGAGCUUGAGGAAUAACCCUGCAUGUGUUCACAAGUAAAUUGAAAGCAUGAGCAGAGUAUGAUAAACCAUGCAGAGACUGUAGAGCAACCAGAAACAUAAAGCUUACCCAAGAACAUGGCAACCUCCAUCAUAAACUGCCCGUGAAAUCAGACCCAUCAAUCCCACACUCCCACCACCAUAAACUAAAUCGAUCCUUCUCCUCACCUGCAACACAUAAAACAAGCUAUAAUCGAUCUACAACAACAACAACAGAUCCAAAGAUCCUAUUGUCAUGAAACCAAUAGAAAAAAAGGCAAUCGACUCUCUUUGUUCCAAUCCCUCCAAGAUCGAGUUUUGAAGCGAUACAGGUUCCGAAAAGCUUGUGUCUCAGAUGCAACAGAGGAGGAGGAGAAGGCUCAGCGAGAAGGAAGAAGAGGUAUCGGCUCUAGUGGAAGACCAACGCCGACGACCGCCGGACCUUUAACGAAGACAAGCCCUCAAAAUUCGAUUUCUUUGACGGCAAGGACCACCGAGGGCAUACCAGUUCGCGACCCAGAUCAAGAGCUGCAUCGCUGAAGACUGUUCGGUUGCCAGAGUUGCUGCCGCAGAAGACGCAAAUCCGCUUGAACUUGCUCCGGGUCUCGUCGCCCAUCUCUGCUCUCCAAUCUCACGGCGCGACCGAGAAGAACAUAAGAUGGGUAUAUAUAGGGAGAAGGAGAGCGAAUCAAGGCUCUACAGUCGCCGUCCUCCUUUGAACCAACCGGCAUCAAGGAUCCUCUGCGGCUCUCUGGAAAACAGGACAAAUUUCGGAAGGAAACACCGCCAAAAAGACGAAAGCUUUCCCAUUUAUCCAUCAACAAAGCUCUCUCGUGGAUGUGCGCAAUGGACAAUCCUCCGAGUUCGAUCGGUGCAGGCCGUCAAUUAGAUAUAUGUAGAUAUAUAUCAAUUGGUGUGCACCGCAGGGUCUUUACAGAUCGAUUUCCUGCAUGGGACGAGUUCAAUGAUAUGAAGAACAGACGGAUAAACAUCAAGAUUGUUUUCGUGAUUCUGAUUCUAGGCGAAAAUAAAAGGCACAUCUUUUCUUCUUGCUGUGAAAAAUCUAUCACAUUUGAGGGGGAAACUACGAGUCAUAUCAUCUUUUCUUGGGGGUUAUGGAAGAGAGUAACAAGGUCAACUGGUGGACGUGGCCACAACUAUGCGUGUAGCCACCAAGGAAAUCCAUAUUAUACUUGGGCUACCUAAUCCUAUGUGCUUAGUACUGUCAAAAGAACAACUCAUGACAUGAUUUGAGCCUAUUUAAAACAGCAUGCGGCAGAUCUUGGUUGUCAGCAACUCAUGGUGGACAGAGAUGAGAGGCAAAAGAGAUGAUUUAGCAAAGCAUGCUUGUUGCGCAUGCCCAAAUACUUCAGAGAGAGAGAGAGAGAGGAUUGGUGUUGCAGAUGCUGGGUGAUGUUAAUUAAUACCAGUGGAGAAACCAAGCCUGGAGCUAAAGUAAUGGCAUAGUUUCUUGUACAAAUAGGCUGUGUCAUGAGUUGUUGCAACUCUGACACUCAUCCGAUAUUGGUUUCACUCUACAAGUCUCAACAUUUAGGAUUGCAUUUAGCUGGGCUACUAGUUUUUUUUUUGUUCUUUCUUUCUAGAGACUUGCAGUAAUGGUUUGGUUAUAAGAA